CCUGUAUGAUAUCAUAAUAACGUAGAACCUCGGCCAUGACUUAAAUAGCUUUACUAAGCACAGCUUAGUCUCAUCUCGAAAGGCAGCUUGUCUACGUACCUACAAUAUUCCACCCGGACGUUGAAGCUCUUAUUUCGUUAUUUCGUUUAAGCUGUGCACCGCAGCUUCCUCUCCCUCAUCCCCGCCGCUUCUUGCGCUCUAGGCAUUAUGCCUCUUCCCUUUCUAUACGACCUCGUCACAAAUGGCCCUCCCAAGUGGCUACCCAGUUGGGCACGCGACCCGUGGACAUUAUUCGAAAUUGGAGCCGCUGCCGGAAUUAUAUACCUCUUGAAGGGAUAUUGUAGCGGAGCUACCUGCUUAGCCGAACGCAACAUGCAUGGGCGAGUUGUUAUGAUUACCGGCGGAACAUCAGGCAUAGGCGCUGCCACAGCUCGAGCAUUGGCCCAACGGGGAGCACAAAUCGUCCUUCUAACCCACCUUCCGCCGUCCAAUCCGUUCCUAGCCGACUAUAUCGGAGAGUUGCGCGAGCAGACGAAGAACCAAAUGAUAUAUGCGGAACAUGUCGACCUUUCCUCCUUGCUCAGCAUCCGCCAGUUCGCCACGAAAUGGAUCGACAACGCACCCCCUCGGCGACUAGAUAUGAUCAUUCUGUGCGCCGUUACGGUGACACCUCCCGGGAAGGAGCGCGUUGAAACGUGCGAAGGGAUUGAAGAAAUGUGGAUGGUUAAUUACCUGGCCAACUUCCACCUCUUGGGUAUAUUAAGUCCAGCACUCCGUGCCCAGCCCUUCGAUCGUGACGUGCGAAUCAUUCUUCCCACGUGUUCGUCUUACAUCUCCUCCCCUCCGGUCAACGAUGAGCUACCGAAGACGGCGUGGACGCCUGGAGCGGCCUACGCUAGAAGCAAGUUGGCGUUGAUGAUAUUUGGUCGGGCCUUCCAGAAACAUCUCAACGCCUAUAAAAGGCCAGACCAACUGCCCAUGAACGCCCGCGUUAUAUUCGUCGAUCCUGGCUUCUCAAGAACACCGGGGACGCGUCGCUGGAUGACACGUGGUUCCCUUUUGGGUCUCGCGGUCUACUUAUUCACAUAUGUGCUAUCCUGGAUUUUCCUGAAGAGCUCGGAAAUGGGGGCCCAAUCUAUUCUCUACGCCGCCAUGGAGCCCGAGCUGCAGAGGGGCGCGGGUGGUAAGCUUAUCAAAGAAUGCAUAGAGGUCGACUUCGCCAGGACAGACGUAAAGAGUGAAGAAAUAGCAAAGAAAUUGUGGGAGGCUAGCGACAUGCUUAUCAUGAAGACUGAGAAAGAACAUGCCGCCCUGAGAGCCUCAGAGAAGAAGGCGCAGGAACGAAAGGACCAAGAGGAGAAGGACACAGAACAAGCUCGGGAGAUCGAUGCGUUAGUAAGCACCAUAAGGAAAGGGAAAGAGGAAGAAAAUAAAACAUCUCAGCGGAAGGGAAAGAAGGCUCGAUAGGGUUAUAACGAAUCGAUAGACGAAUAGAUAGCACUGGACUUCAUCACCAUCACCUUGUAUCGUCCAAAGUGUGGCACUCGAGCAUAUGGUGGGGAGCCGGGGAAAGACUUGUGUCAAGGUGCCCUAGACGUCGGAGGAUAUCUUUGUUAAGCGUUUGAUUGAUAUUCACCCGUAUAUAGACGCCUUCUUCGUCCCCCUCCCCUACCUUCACUUCUCCGACAUACGUCUAUGUGCCCGGCGUCCCUUUCCUAGACACUUCUGUGGGGCAGACCUCAUGCCCAAGGCUCAAUCCAUAUGCACAUUCACGUUGGAUCUGGAAAUGCCGGGUAUGAUAUAACCCCAAAACUAGAAUGGGCCUUAAAUUGGUCAAGUAGUCAAUAAAACUUAUUCUGGUAUGGGUUGGCUCGAUUCCCUGCCCUUAAGCGGAAGGAAAACACGGUGGAACAGGAGAGCCGACUCGAGCUGGAUUCCCGAGUAUUUGGGUCUUGGUGAUUGCCCCUGCUCUUCCCCAC